UCACCUGGUGAGAGCAGGUGGGCCAGGCGAGCCACUCUACCACGUGCUCUCACUACACCUACACUGCCUCUCAUACACACACACCAACCCAGCCACUGAAGAACCAGCACUAAGGUGUUUGUGAUUCCCUUCAGUUUGAGUGGACUUUUAAUGACGGAAACUGGGGCCGUGAUGCUGGCUUCUCGUCUGAUGCCCAGGAUAUACCAGACUGAUCCUGCACCAAUGGAGCCUAGAAGGAUCCUCCACUAGUGGAAAUGCCUAGAGUGCCACACAAAUUUUAGUGACAAGCAGCACCCCGCAGAUACAUUACCUGUUGCCUGCAAAUAUCCUCAACGGUGUUGGUGGGUGGCAGGAUGCAAGUGGCAGACAGUGUGAAGUAUAGGGAAGCUGUGGCUAGACUUAAAAGGCUCUUAUAUGACCCAUCAGGCUGGGAGUCACCACCCACUCCCCCUCACCACACCCACGCCCACACCACCUCCAUCAACUCCAUCCACAAUAUAUACCACGCCUCAGUUAGCUCAGAUGUGGACGGUGUGCCUGGAAGCAUGGUGGGCAUUGGCGGGGAAGAGAGGGCGUCACGGUGGCUGCUGGAACUGCUGAGGCACCAGGAGGAACUUAUAGCUCAGCUAGAGAAGGAGAACGACUUCCUUAAGCGUGAGGUGGUGUCCGUCGGCGAGGGAGUCAAGAUGAUGGGCCAAGAGAACCAGGAACUCAACCGUCGCCUCGCUGACGCCCUGACUCAGGCUAUUACCAUGGGUGAGUGUUCUGACACGAGCAGCAUUAGCAGCAGUGAGAGAAACAGCGGUGACAAAGACGCCACAAACUCGACAAUAGCAGCACUCACUAGGGAGAAGGCGGCGCUACAGGAACAAGUCAGUCAUCUUGACGCCUCUCUCUCCGCAGUGACACUGAAGGAACAGGAGGCCCUCACUAAGCUGAGACAAGCACUCACACUCGCCCAGGACACACACUCACACACCGUACAGGUUCGUGCCAGCAGUGAAACUGCCUUGGAAGAGCUCUCAGCUCUUUUAACGGCGACGAAGCAGGAGGGACAAGAGCUGCGGAAGCGUCUGGAUGAAGCGGACAGCAGACACAAACGGCAGCAGGAACAGAAGGAGGAGCAUGUGGGUCAACUACUGCAGCGGGUAAAAGCGCUCCAAGAGGAGCGGGAGCAGCAGGAUGAAGUAAUGACGAGGCUGCGGCAGGAGGUGAGAGAGAGCAGCAGGAAGGUGGCGGCCCUGGAGGAGGACCUGCAAGCAGCAAGAGCUGCCAGAACCCGCCUCGAGGUACAGCUGGAGGAGCAGCGCCAACACUCAAAGGAUGCUCACUCCAGGCUCGAGCAUAUUGUUUUGACACGAAGUGGGGAGGCAGCAGCAGGGACGGCGAGGGCCCAAGAGCUGGAGGAAAGGCUGACGGCUGCCAGGGAGGACACUUCUCGCCUCCUCCAUGCCAUCACAUCUCUCGCUCAGGGAUCAGGUCGAGGGGUGGAGGCGGAUACUACUGACGAUGUUAAGAGUGAGAGACUGGCAGCCGGGCAACAGCUGAGCGCCGCCAUCACUGCCCUACAGACACGCCAUGAGUGUGAAGUGCGGUCACUGAGGGAAGCUGCUAGCCAGCAAAGCGAGGCUAUGGACCGUCUCAGGGAAGAGGUAUCUAACAUGAGGCAGCAACUAGCUGAUGAUAGCAACAGCUACAGGAAGAUGUGCGCUGAGCAGAAAGCAGAAGCAGCCAGAGUAGCAGAGGAACUGCAGCAAGCACAGCAACAGAUUCUUGUAUGCCAGGAGCAGGCGCGGAUGCAGGGCGCCCUUUAUCAGCAGGCCCUCGACAAACUCAAGUGCUCCGAGGGCAAGGCGACGCAAGCCGAACUUCAGAGUUCUGAGUAUCUAGAGCUGAUGCGAGCUGCCAGCCAAGAGCGGGAUGCACUUCGUCAAGAGGUUAUUUAUUUGCGAAGAGUGGCUGCAAGGUGCAGCCCAGCCUCGGCCAGAGUGCACGACGCUCCUGCUGGCGUAACAGCUGCCGAUCAUGACACUCUGUUAGCACCAGGCAUGGGUCAACCCUUAGUACGAUUUCCAGAGGGCCAAAAACACGAGGGACCAGACCGGUGUGCAGAGGAGGGCCUGGGACUUGGCUUGACCACACCUGCACUCUUGGCCAACGAUGCUGUCUUCAGGGACAUCACCGUCGCCCCGGGCGUCUCACUCCUCCAUCUCUAUCAAUAAUCACUUCUUGCUUCACCUACAUGUGCUCUUCCACUUGAAUCAGUAACAGCUGUUAUAAAUCUUACUCUGUGGUGCCCAAACGUAACGUUAAUCAAUGGAUUAUACAGACUAACUCAGUAUAUCUUUUCAGAAAAUAUAUAAAAGACAUCUUCCAAUGAUAUUCGUAAAAUUCCACUGUAGCCAGUACAAUAAUUUAUAUUUACACAUUUUAUCAAGGGUAAAUAUUGCUCUUAAAGGUGCUUCAUGUACAGCUAAAAAAAAAAAAUGACUGAAACCUGCAUAAUCUGGAACUCUUUGAAAGAAAUAUAAACUUAGUGACUUUAGACGACACUACAACUAUAAAUCUCUUGUAUAAGGUCUAUCUUUAGCAUUAAGUCUGUAUUUCAAGAUAGAAUUAUGGAGAAUGUAAGCAUUAAUGUAUGAGCCACAGUGUGAUGCAUAACAUACUGCAGCUAGAGCGGUGGUUUUUAACCUGGGUUCGAUCGAACCCCAGGGGUUCGGCGGAGGUCUCCCACACACGACACGUGCAAAAUAGUACUAUGAAGCACCGCAUCUUCAGAGUUGUGUAAUGAAAUGGGCUCUGAAUUCGAGGUAUUUCUGUACCAUUCUAGUGUUUGGUGGUUAUCCUGGGGAAAUAUGAUGAAUCGUGUUUUUGCCGUGCGUGUGGAAUUAGCCCUGUUUUUGCGAGAGCACCAACAUUGUCAUGUAGAUUAAUUCGAAAAUUCUGAGUUCAUUCUCAUUUUGGCGUACAUGGCCGAUAUCUUCGAUGCUGUCAAUCAUCUCGGUCGACAGAUGCAGGGUGGUGGAGUCAACAUCAUCGAAGCGGAAGAAAACAUGAAGGCUUUUCAAAAAAAAGUCACCGUUAUGGAAACGACGAACAGAGAAUGAUAACUUUGCAAAUUUUCCCCUGCUGGACAACUGUGUAAGCAAGAUCGAAGACGUGUAUGGAAUCGGAGACAUUCCUGUUCCCGGGGAACUGAAACAAGCAAUUGCCAUGCACUUAGAUGAGCUUGCAGAGUCUCUCGACGGAUACUGCCCCAUACUUUUGCAACAGCAGUUUUGAUUGAAAUCAUAUUUUGAAGAAAUCACAUUUCAUUUUUCCAAUUACGAAUGGUUCGGUGAAAUCACGGAUGAAACUUGCGGGGUUCAGUACCUCCAAUAAGGUUAAGAACCAACCACUGAGCUAGAGGGAACAGGGAGAACUGCAACCACACUGUACCUAUUGUGGAUUUUUUUUUCAAAUUUUCUUGAAAUUAGUGUGUAAAUAUUGAAUUAUGUAAUAUUGUUUAAAAAAUGUAAUGUUUAUGUGACUUGGAAAAGUUUCGAGUCAUAAGGGAACCAACAGAUAGGUGAAAGUUGGCGUCGAAAUAUGGCGUAGUGUAAAUAGACAAGAGAGUGUAGCAGAGAAAAUCUUGUGUAGUCGUAGCCAAAAGUGAGUGUAUCGACGAUAAUGGAGUACUAUAAAAUAAUUUAAGGACGUGGGCAUCUACAGUCGUGCAUAUCAAGGCUAACUCCGUUACAAUAAAGCGGAUAAAUGGUAUAUAGAAAGGCGGCUUCGUCUGGAAUUGUGGCACCCCUUGUGUAUGUAAGCUUCCCAGUAGGUAACUAUGUUGGUCAGCCUCUGGUAUCUGUAGGGUAGGGAAGUGUUAGGAUAUAUAACCCAAGAAAUAUGUAAUUUCUGUGGAUUAUAAAAUGAUACAUGUAAAUGGGAUCCACCUCUAGUGCAAAUUGUGGGAACGUGUAAUAUAUGUUUAUCAGGUACAUUCUCUAUAUAUACUCCUGUCAAUAGAUUUCGUGGACCAAACCACUAAUUAGUAAAGUUAGGUCAUAAAUAAUCCGUUUACAGCCCACAAACAUAAUUUACCAAUGUUACUGGUUUAAAUUUAAUAAUUCAUAACUGAAGGUCCAGCCUAUGCGAGUGUGGGAUGAGUGGGUGGGUAUCGAAGGAGGGAUACUAUUGAGACUCAAUGUUCCUAAAAUCCUACCCAUCUCCAAGGUACAACUAAUAUCAAUAAGUGUAAUUUCUGUCUUAGUUGUGCUCUCCCCAAAUUAUGUGUUUAAUAAUUCAGAACUGUGCCCGUAAACUUCAUACACAUAAUUUCUCACGCCUAUUGUACACGAGGAUGCUACCGAUGCCGUGAAACAUUUCCAACACCUGACUCUAACUGACCAUGUUCAUUUCGAAUACCGACUCAGUAAUUCAAAAAUAUCGAAACAGUUCUGUACAUUAAGACUUUUUGUUAUAUGUAUUUAUAAAAACUGAAGCUUUUUAAUUAUUUUUUUUUUGUAUUUAUACAUAUUUAAAUAUACUGUGAACCAAUAGAGGCAGUCAUGUUUAUCAAGCUUAGAAAAAACACAUCAAUAUUAAUACGUUAAAUGGAAAAAUAGAAAACUGAAAUAUGUAGAUAUACCUGGAGAGGGUUUCGGGGGUCAACGCCCCCGCGGCCCGGUCUGAGACCAGGCCUUGUGGUGGAUCAGGGUCUGAUCAACCAGGCUGUUACUGCUGGCAGCACGCAAACUGACGUACGGACCAUUGCUUUAAAACAAUACAGCAUACGCAGCUGAUGAACCUGAUACAGUGUGCGGAUGAAAGAAAAUGCUGCGUUAGCCUAUUGGUGAAGUUACUUAUGAUAAUGCUGUAUAUAGUUAAAAAUUUCAGAGUUUAAGACUACAAUAAAUUAGUUUACAGAUUUUCAGAUUUAACCUUAUCCUUUACAAAUUAAAUUUCUGUUAAGGAUUACUUUUUUAAAUUACAGAGCUGUAUAACCCUAGUGGGUUUAGAGCUUCUUUUUUAUUAUAAUUAAAAAUUAAACUAAUUCAACUAUAUUAACCGUUUGUAUAUCAAUGUA